AUGGGACCAAAACGUACUCGACACCAGAAGAAUCAACAAGACAAGACGAAGCGCUCUGAGCUGCGACGUAGAUUCGGAGGACUUGAUAUCGAUCAAAAAGACAACGCAACAUCAGAUACUCAGUCCGCCGCAGCUCCAACUGCAGCCCCUGCUAGGCACCCUACCCACGGCCCAACAACUAUUGAGAUUUCCAAAUUCCCUCUUGUUGAGCGAUGGGAGCAAAUCGAAGAGGCAGAGCGAGCGUCAAUUUCCAGACGACACAAGGCCAGAACUGGUCCAUUCGCAUUUGAGCCUGAGUACCUCCCGGUUCAGAUCCACGCUGCUGUGCCAGUUCACGGGAGCUUCACCCGAGAGAUCGAAUCGGACAUUGUCAAAUGCAACACCAUUGAGGCAAUCAAGGACAUUGCCAAAUCAAGCCUUCCCCUGGAGUUCAAGCGUUCCAACAUGAAGCUCAAUGAGACCAAGUUCGCCGGAAUCAUGACCUACGGUCCAACCACCGAGUUCUCCACGAGAACUGUCAACAACGUCACUCGCGGUCUUUUCCUCGACGAGGACGCCUACAAGAAGUGGUGGAUGACAGUCAAUAUGACCAAGAGAGAGGAAGGAGAUAUGGUCAAGGUCGCCGUCGUCUUGUGGCACGAGGGGGAGGCCAAGGCCAAGGGAGUCCAGUUGCCGGACUUCUGGACGGAGGAGAACACACGUGUCCUGGGCAACAUGUUGGAGCGGCUUGAUUGGCCAAUCUUCAUGAGCCAAUCUGAACUGGAGGCUGGCUGCCGUGCAUACGAGAAGUUGCAGGGCCAGCUCCAGGAGGCCAGGAGCGAUGCAAUCCUGGCGGGCGACUGGAAGGACGAGCGAAAGGAGCUCAAGAGUGAAGUCACCAGUCUUAACGGUCAGCUUCGCCGAGCAGUGGCCGCCAACACGAAGUUCUCCGGCCAAUUGAUGGCCAUAUCGAAGGCCUUCGAUGAAGGCGAUAUGGAGAAGGCGGGUGGUCUCUUGACUGCCUGCAAGAAGGCCAUUGAGGCCAAGGAGAAGAGAGAGGCGGCUGAGGCCGAGGAGGAGGAUGAGGAGGCCGAGGGGGGCGAAGCGGUCGAGGAAGAGGAAGAGGACGCCUAUGGCCCCGGAGAUCCCUCCGACGACGAGUGGGUUCCCUAUUAG